AUGGAUGUUACCUUCGGGCUGUGUAUUUGGUGCUAUUCACUCUUCAUAGCCACCCUGGCUGUCGAACAAAAGAUCAAUCGGUGCAAGUUUCCAAAGGGCGCUGAGCUGUGCGAUGUUGUAUCGGUACAACACUCUGGCGUUAAACUCUCUCAGCUGAAGUUAGAUUUCUCUGUGGAACACACUGAAUUUCACAUUCUCCUGCAUUACCCAAAAAUGUUGCACUACCUGAAGGAGAAGCAAGAGGUCGGCUUCUUCCAGAGCUUCCAGGCCCUGAUGCAGACCUGCAGGUACCUGGACGCCCACAGCCACCACAGCCACCCGUGGGGACCCAAGAACAGCCCAACUCCACACCAUGGCCUCCAGCCUGCACCCUGUCCUCAUAUCCACAUCCCCAUGCUUCUGGUGGGUCCGCACAAUGUCCCCUCAAGGCUGUUGGUGCCCAUCUGGUGGUGGCAGGACUCCACCAGUGAAUUUUACUGGUACUGCUUGGGCAAGGAUGUCAUCGACGAGCAGGGCAAAGGCAAAUUCUCCAAGGCCAUGGCCGUGGCCAAGCAGAUCCUCCAGAGCCCAACUGAGUACAUCCAGUAUCCGACACCUGUGCACACCACUCCAUCAUUAGAACUGCUCAGGCAGCAGCUGCUUCUUCUUGUGGGCUUCUUCCACUGUGCUCUGAAACAGGGAAAAAGAACCCAGAUUCUUAAGGGCUUACCUGCAACAAGCACUGUUGAAGAGAAUGCAGCAGCUGGUAUUUCUGUUUACACCUUUAAUGUAUCUGUUUCUCCAUUGUCUUCUGAAGGUGUUGCAAUAAUUCCUACCAUAGUAAAUUCAAAUCCACUUACAGAGGCUUUUGAUAUUAAACCAAACGGGGGUCUGGAAUACUCGGUUGUUACCACAGGAAACCCUAUCCUAGAUUAUGAAACUAUGCCAAAGACCUUUGAUUUACAGAUUUUCGUUGAAGACAGAAAUGGGACAACUGACCUUAGCAUACUGACUGUCCAAGUAACAGAUGAAAAUGAAGACCCUGUGUUUCGAGGAAAUAUGGCAACUCAACCUGUCACUAUCUAUGUCUUGGAAGGAACCCCUCCAGGAUGCAUUUACCAAACUGAUGCAGCUGACCCUGAAAAUGCUAAACUCAAAUAUUCAUUGCUGCCUGCACAAGUGCCAUUCUUGGUCAUGGAAAGUGGAGCCAUUUUUUCUACAGAGGAAUUUGAUUAUGAGAAUGGGUCACAUUGCUACUUUUUCAAUAUAACGGUAACAGAUCCAGGCGGACUCACCUCGACUAGAACACUGCAAGUAAAUAUAAUUAAUGUCAAUGAUGAAAGACCUUACUUUACCACAAAACAAGGAAACUACAGGAUUCCAGAGGAGCAAAGCCCAGGCACUAUUGUUGCCCAUAUCACAGCUAAAGAUCCUGAUGAUGAAGAGUCUCCUGGCAGACUUUUCUUCAGCAUCCCAUCUUCUAACAGAUAUUUCUCCAUAAAUCCAUCAACUGGAGUGUUGCAGGUGACUGAAAGAAUCGACCGAGAUGCUAAUCAGUUCCAACCUAAGAUCUCAUUAAUAAUUCGAGCGGAGGACAGUCCCAGCACUGGUCACUACAGUGAAAUGGAGAUCACAAUCAUGAUUGAUGAUAUCAAUGACAACUCACCCAAAUGUAAUCCUUCUACCUUCAGGGAAGAGGCAAAUGAAAAUACAAUUGCUGGGACGUUUCUUUUUCAUCUUAGAGAUUUCUGUCAUGAUAUUGAUGUUGAUCCUUCAAACAAUCAAUUUAAUUUCACUGGAUUAUCUGGUUUUGGAAGAAAUAACUUCGCUCUGGAGUCUGCUGUGUCUGGGAGACUUGUGGUCAGUCUUAUGCAGCUUUAUAUGACUAAAAGUAUUGAUUUGGAAAACCCAGCCAAUCUAGGAGUUGAAGUUUAUUCUCUGACUGUCAGGGUGCAAGAUAUUGCCUAUCCUGACUAUUCAAGUAUCAUCUACAUUUACGUCAGGAUAAAACCAGUGAAUGAAUUUUUUCCAGUCUUCAGUAACUUACCUUAUGAAUUUAAUGUUCCAGAAAUUACUAAAGUUGGAUCCAGCAUUGGAAGAGUGAAUGCCACAGACGAGGACUGGCCACCCAGUGUCAUCACUUAUUCCAUUGUGUCUGAAGGUGAUACCAGGGAUUAUACAAGUAUUUUCUGGAUCAACCCAACCAAAGGAGACUUGAAAAUUUUGGGUCAAUUAGACUAUGAAACAGCAAAGAAACACAUUCUCACAGUACAGGCCUCUGACCAAGAGAAGACUGCAACAGCUUCUGUAACUGUCAAUGUUUUGGAAGUAAAUGAUGAAGAACCAGUUUGUUCACCAAAUUUCUACUCCUUUCAAGUCCCAGACACUUUAGCUGUUGGGACCAAUAUUAAUGGCUUCAAGAUUGAAUGUCAAGAUCGUGACUCUGAUCCUAGGUCUUUCCGUUACUUCAUUAACGAAGGCAAUAUGAACAACCAUUUCACCUUUUCACCAAGUGCUGGCUCCAACACAUCUCGACUGAUCCUUGCAUCAAGGUUUGACUACGAGAGCGGACUUGAUACAAAAUGGAUCUACAGGCUACGUGUCUAUAUAACAGAUGACAAUCUACUAUCUGCCAGGGACAAAACUACACACCUCAUUAAAACUGGAAUGGUGACUUUAAGCAUCAGAGUUAUCCCAAAACCAACUACUGUUGCUACCACAACACCUGCCUUCACUGUUGUGACAAAAAGAGAAAAUGUCUACUCUGAGUCGGCGUGGUACGUGCCUUUCAUCAUCAGCCUCGGCAGCUUGCUGCUCCUCGGCCUGCUGGGUUACCUGGGGAUCUUGCUCUCAACGUGGACCCACACUCUAUGCCCAUCGGCAGGGAAAGUAGACAACGUGCAUCUGAUAAAUGUGUCAGAAAAGAAGAAACUUAAGAAAGAAGUGUUUGUGACAAAGCUAAACACUGUCUUUGAUGGAGAAGUGAGAGACCCAGUUACUGGCAGAAUGUAUGAAUUUAAUACACGGUCGGGUGCUCGGAGGUGGAAGAACAGCGGUGAAGCCCUUCAGCCAGCACUGGUCAGGCAGGUAACACCCAGUGCCAUCGACAACAGUGGCCAAGGGACAGACAGAGGAGAGGCACCAAGCAUGAAGGAGCAUUCAGAGAAGAGGAAAGAGCUGACUGCAGAAACAAAAUUUACUGUGAAGCCCUUGGCAGGGCAAGCUGAAACACCAGGCCAGGAUAGAAGGAGAUUACAAAAGCAGGGACAGGCGCUUCAAGCAUUUAGGGCAUUGAGCAGCGGCGCUGAGGACCGACCGGGCGGCACACGCCAGUUGCACGGCUGCAAUACCGACAAUACAACACACGGUGGCAGCACUGAGCACUGA